AUGAAGUCCUCACUGAUAGUCCUGAGUCUGGUGCUGGUCCUUGUCCUGGUUCGAGCCGACCACCACAAAGACCAUGAACCAAAAUGUGAAGGCCGCAUCACAGAGGAGAAUCUGCCAAAGGUGCAGGGGAACUGGGUGGCAGUUUGGGGGGUCAGCGAUGGGCCCAAAGGUCAGGCUCUUAUCCCAAAGGUCACAAGCUCUCACCUGAAACUAGUGCUCCUCGACAACAAGACCCUCAACUACCAAGAGAGCAACUUCUACAAGGGUGAGACGUGGAAUUGCUCCUUCUUCGUAAUGAACGCAACAGUUGUGGAUGGCAGCGAUCAUCACAAUCUUACACUGAAGGUUCAUGAAGGAAGGACGGAGUACGAGGGGAAACUGGAACCAUUCAACGAUAACGUGACGCUCUCGUUCUACCAGAGAUGUGAUCACUGUCUGGCCAUGACCUUCAACAGCGACGAGUGGAACAAUUUCUUUAUCAUCUACUGGAGAGAGGGACAUCACACUGACGUGGAGGAAAUAAAGAAGGAACACGCAGAGUUCCACAAACAAGCUGAGUGUUUGGGGUUCCCCACAGAGCCAGCGUUCCACUACAAUGGAACAGCAGAUUUCUGUCACAAAGAGAAUUAGUGAAGCAGCAGAAACAAAUAAAAUAUCUAAACUCUC